AUGAACUCUGCCAUCACCGGCUAUGAGCGCCCCACUCCCUUGAGGGGUGAUAGCAUGCUCAGCUCCCACGGUGACGACCAUGGCAGGAAGAAGGACGGGCAACCCGAGAGUCCCAGCAGCAGUCGCCUGGCCUAUGGCAUCUUGGACAUCCCACCAUGGUCUCUCUGCAUCUUCUUGGGGAUCCAGCACUUCUUCACGGCCCUGGGGGGGCUUGUGGCAGUGCCGCUCAUCCUGGCCAAGGACCUGUGCCUGCAGCACGACCCCCUGACCCAGAGCUACCUCAUCAGCUCCAUGUUCUUCGUCUCUGGUGUCUGCACUCUCCUGCAAGUGUCUUUAGGGGUCAGGCUUCCCAUUGUCCAAGGAGGGACAGUUGCUUUUCUGGUGCCCUCUCUGUCCAUGCUCUCCCUUCCUGCCUGGAAGUGCCCCAAGUGGACACUCAAUGCCAGCCUUGUGAACACCAGCUCUCCCGAAUUCACUGAGGAGUGGCAGAAGAGGAUCCGAGAGUUGCAGGGUGCCAUCAUGGUUGCUUCCUGUGUCCAGAUGCUAGUGGGCUUCUCAGGCCUCAUGGGCUUUCUCAUGCGCUUCAUCGGCCCCUUGACCAUUGCUCUGACCAUCUCCCUGGUGGCCCUGCCUCUCUUCGAUUCUGCGGGCAGUAACGCUGGGAUCCACUGGGGGAUUUCUGCCAUGACCAUCUUUCUCAUCAUGCUGUUUUCUCAGUACCUGAAAAAUGUUGCGGUGCCCGUGCCUGUUUGCGGAGGAGAGAAGAAGUGUCACGUCUCCAAAUUGUACCUGUUCCAGGUCUUCCCUGUGCUGCUGGCCCUCUGCAUCUCAUGGCUCCUCUGCUUCCUGCUGACUGUCACCAAUGCCCUCCCCUCAGCCCCAACAGCCUAUGGGCACCUGGCCCGCACUGACACCAAGAGCAGCACGCUGAGCCAGGCGCCCUGGUUUCGCUUCCCUUACCCAGGCCAGUGGGGCCUCCCCACCAUCAGCCUGGCUGGUGUCUUUGGGAUCAUCGCAGGGGUGAUCUCUUCGAUGGUGGAAUCGGUAGGUGAUUAUCAUGCCUGUGCCAGGAUGGUGGGGGCCCCGCCCCCUCCGAAGCAUGCCAUCAACCGCGGCAUUGGCAUCGAGGGUCUUGGCUGCCUGCUGGCAGGUGCCUGGGGGACAGGCAAUGGCACCACCUCCUUCAGCCAGAACAUCGGGGCGCUGGGCAUCACCAGGGUGGGGAGCAGGAUGGUGAUGGUCUCUGCGGGCUGCGUGCUGCUUCUGAUGGGCGUAUUUGGGAAGAUCGGGGCUGUGUUUUCUACUAUCCCAGCCCCUGUGAAUGGAGGCAUGUUCCUGGUCAUGUUUGGGCUCAUCACGGCCGUAGGGAUCUCCAAUCUGCAGUACGUGGGCAUGAACUCGUCCAGGAACCUCUUCAUCUUUGGCUUCUCCAUCUACUGUGGGCUCACCAUUCCCAACUGGGUGAAGAAGAAUGCUGAGAUUCUCCAGACAGGGCUUCUCCAGCUGGACCAGGUCAUCCAGGUGCUGCUGACCACGGGCAUGUUUGUUGGUGGAUUUCUGGGCUUUCUCCUGGACAACACCAUCCCUGGAAGUCAGGAGGAGCGAGGCCUCCUGGCAUGGGAUCAAAUCCAGGAUGAAUCUGGGGAGACUCUGAAGGCCUCGGAGAUCUACUGCCUCCCCUGGGGGAUUGGCAGCAAGUUCUGCACGUCCUCCUGCCCCGCCCGGAGCCUCCCCUUCUGGUGCAGGCUGGAACACAGUGGCAAAGGCACGGUGGGUGUGAGCCAGCUCCCCAUCUGCUCCCAAGCUUGCUCAGGAGAGUUCCCGCAGGGCGCCACAGAAACCAGGAUGUGA